AUGUACCCUAAAUAUAAUGAAAACAAUAAUUAAAUUAAAUUACAGGAAAAUCCUUUUGAAUAAUAUAAAUAAUAUUAAACAUAAAUAAAAAUUCAAUAAUAAAUUCCUUAUAGUGAAGAUAAUUUAAACCAAAUAGUUUUAUCAUAAAAUCCUUUAUAAGAAUUUCAAGAAUAUCAAAAAAAAUAAACAAAAGAAAAUAAAAAAGAAAAUAUAAUAGUUAUAAAAAAAUAAAAAUUGUAUAUUUUUUUAAUUUUAAACAAUAAACAAACAAAAAAGAUAUAAAAUGCUCGAAAGGCAAUAAACUAAAUAAACACAAUUAAAAAAGACUUAUAAAAUGAAGAUUAAAAAGGAAAUAAUAAUUUCUAAUAAUAACUAAUUAAUCAAAAAAAUAAUAUUAAUAUAUGGAUAAAGUUAAAAGUAGAAUAAUAAAUAGAUAAUUUAUUAUCAAAAGCUAAAUCGUUAGUAAAAAGAAAAAUUAAAGAUCCGCAAAUGGUAUUAAUUUAAAAAAAAAAAAAAAUAAUAUAAAUAAAGUCUUAAUGUGUAAAAUAAUUAAUUGAUGAUGCUGUUGAUAUAGAUUGGCCUGAAAUAGAAGAUUUGGUAAAAAUAAGAAUUAGAAUAAAAGAGAAAUAAUAAAUAGAAAAAAUUCAGGAAAUAAAAUAAAGUAUAACUUGUUAUAUAAAUCCUUGGUACAUAAUAAGAUCAUGGUAUUUAUAUACAGAUCAACCAUAUAAUAAAUCUUUUUGGCUAAAAAUAAGAUCUUUUUCAUGGUGGUUUAUAUUAUUAGUUAAACUUUUUCCAUUUUAUGGCGUUUAAAGUUUUUUACACAUCAUUAUUUUUCUUUUUAUAGAUAAAUCUGAUGAAUGGUAGUUAUUUAAUUACAUAAUUUAAUUUAAAAAAGUGUAAUUUUUUAGCAUUGGAAUGUCCGGUACAUUAAUAGGAUAUGCUCUUUUUUUUAACUGUACUACUUUAAACGAUUAUUCGAGUCCUUAAGACUUUUAUAAAUGCAAAACGGAAGGACCUGGAUCCAAAAUAAACGUGAUAAUAGAUCUUUUAGGUUUUCUAUUAUAAAUUGCCUUAUGUUGGUUAAGCUUUUUGAUAAUUCCUUUCUCUAAAUCAAAAGGAAUAGCUUAAAAAGAAUCAAAUGAAUAUUAAAAUUGCUGCUUAAAAAUAAAUUUAGAAAAAGGUGGAAGAUUUAAAAACUUUCUUUUUUUGGACAUGAUUGCAUUUUUUUUUUGUAUAGGAAUUCUCAUGCUAUUUAUAUAUACUGGAAAUGAUUUAAAAAAAGAAAUUUGGCAAUAUUAUUAAGCUAUUUAUUUGGUGAAAACUAUUUACGGAUUACUAAGUUUCCCUUGGCUACUUUUUUUAAUAGAGAAAAUUCUUAAAAGUAUAACGAAAGCUGAAGAAACUGGGGUAAUAUUUAUUUUAUAUUAUAUAUAUAUAUAUAAUACAUUUUCUUACAUAUAUAUAUUUUUAUUUUUUAAGAAAGUAUGA